AUGAGCGAUCCCACAAAAGAUAACGACAGCAGUCGCCAUAAAGUCACUUUUGGAAAUUCAUCUUCCAAUUUCGGAAAUUUUAUUGUCAUAACCACAAUGGAUAGGUUUUUUGGUGUCAAAGAUGAUCAAGAACAAUUACAUCAUGUUGAUCCAUUUUCCAAAGUUCCUCAAUUGGACUUGAGAGUUUCCUUCUUGAAAAAAAGGAAAAUACAAGUCGGAUAUUUACUCCACAAGGAUGUGAUCAAUGUAGAGACGAGACUAUGCAUUAUCAUGUUAUCUUCUUUACAAGAUUUUUUGAACAAUGAAGUUCUACAGGUCAUUUGUUUCGAUUCUAGAGUGUGA